AUGGGCAUCAGCGGCAACCACAUCAGCAGCAGCAGCAGCGGUAGCAGUAGCAGUAGCAGUAGCAGCGGUAGCGGUAGCAGUAGCAGUAGCAGCCAGGUGAAGCGACAGGGCUAUAGAAUGUGCGUCCGCAGCUCUGCCACUGAAAAAAAGGGAUCAACCCCCCGUGAGCCAACGAACGCAGCAAGCAAGCACGCUUCUCCGCCCCCCACACACACACGCACACACACACAUAUCACCAGCAAAUCUCUCCCUCUCUCUAAAUCUCUCUCUCUCUCUAAAUCUCUCUCUCUCUCUCUCUCUCUCACCUCUCUCGAUCCCGAGCAUAAUAUCUCUCCCUCUUCUCUCUCUCUCUCUCUCUCUCUCUCUCUCUCUCUCUCUAAAACUCUCUCUCUCUCUCUCUAA